GAUAGAUGCAGUGUGACAAAAACUCUUUAAAUUUUAUUAUGUCAUUACUUUGGUUUUAAGUACAAGGCGCAAUAACAUUUUUUAUUUAUUUUAGCUGGAACUGAUUAAUGGCAUUUCAAUUCAUUUCAAUGGGAGAAGAUGACUUGGUAUCAAGGCAUCGUUGUCCAGUCGCCACACCUCAUGUUUAUUCAGGGCCUUCCUCCCGUGAGUGAGGAAGAGGAGAGCACGACAACAGUCGCAAGUGGACGAGGGUCAAACAUGGGAGGAUGCUGCAUGUCGUCCGAGGCCAAAGAGAGGCAGCACAUCAACGACGAAAUUGAAAAGCAGCUCAAGAGGGACAAGAAAAACGGUUGCCGAGAGCUCAAGUUGCUCCUCUUAGGCACGGGUGAGAGUGGUAAGAGCACCUUCAUCAAACAGAUGAGGAUCAUCCAUGGAGGAGGAUACAGCGAGGAGGACAAACGCAGCUAUGCUAAGCUGGUCUACCAAAACAUCUAUACGUCCAUGCAGACCAUGAUCAGGGCCAUGGAGACCCUGCACAUCCCCUUCCGUGACGCACGCCAGCAGAUGAGUGCCAACAUGCUGCUGGAUGUGGAGGUGGCCAAGGUGGAGGACCUUGAUGGAGAGCACGUGGCGGCCAUGGGAAGAUUGUGGAAUGACGGCGGGAUGCAGGAAUGCUUUGAUCGCCGCCGGGAAUACCAGCUGUCUGACUCCACCAAGUACUACCUCACCGAAAUGGAUCGGAUCUCGCAGGCAUCCUACAUACCUGACCUCCAGGAUAUCCUGCGAGUCCGGGUUCCUACCACGGGCAUCAUCGAGUACCCUUUCGACAUGGAGAGCGUCAUUUUCAGGAUGGUGGACGUGGGCGGUCAACGCUCCGAGCGAAGGAAGUGGAUCCACUGCUUCGAGGACGUCACAUCCAUCAUGUUCUUGGUGGCGCUCAGCGAGUACGACCAAGUUCUGGUGGAGUCCGACAAUGAGAACCGCAUGGAGGAGAGUAAAGCUUUAUUCAAGACCAUCAUCACAUACUCGUGGUUCCAGAGCUCCUCCAUUAUCCUCUUCCUUAACAAGACAGACAUCCUUCAGGAGAAGAUCCUGCACUCCCACCUGGCUGACUACUUUCCACAGUUCUCUGGGCCUCGCCAGGACGCGUUGGCGGCUCAGGAGUUCAUCCUGCAGAUGUACCAGGAGCAAAACCCGAAUAAGGACAAGAAGCUCUACUCGCACUUCACCUGCGCCACCGACACGGAGAACAUCCGCUUCGUUUUCGCCGCCGUCAAGGACACCAUCCUCAGACAGACCCUCCAGGUCUUCAACCUGCUCUAAACACCUUAACCCCAUUCAUAUCUUCAUUUUUUUGUGCUCCAGUAUAUUCAUAUAAAACUUUUCAUUUAUUUAAGCAGUGGCCAUCAUUAGUGGAAAUUUAGAUAUAGUUUUAAAAUACCCCCAAGACAUUAUUUUUGCACUUGUUUGGUUAGUGUUUAUGAAU